UCUAAUAAUGCCCUGGCCCCUCCCUGUUCACGGGUAAUGAGCUGUCAUUAGAAUGGGUGGGCCCGGGUCAAGCCGCUCCUGCAGACUGCCAAUCGGAUACGAUUCCAAACCAGGCAGUGGUGCGCCCUGCCAGCCCUGCAGUCGAUCAGGGGGAAGCGCAACGAUUCCUCAUCAAUUGCGUUUGGGCAUCGGCAAGAUAAUGCUCCGACAAUCCAUCCAAGCUUCUCUCGUCCUGCAAGGCUAAUCCCUUCUUUUUCCCAUUCCAAGUACCGGCGCAUUACGAGAAGCUGCCCGUGCCUUGUCUGCUCGCGUCACUUGCGCACACCAUCACCUCCGCUGGGUGAGCAUUGGCAGCGAUGGCAUGGCGACCAUGGGAGAAGUUCAAGGCCGACCAUCCCGCCACGGCGGACUGCAUGGUCGAAUCAUGGGCCGCCGUUCGGCCAUAUCUGCCUCCGGUCAACUUCAUCACAGUUCACUACGCCUACUUCAUACUGACCGGGCUCAUCUUUGCCGGCAUUUUUCACGGACUGUCACACCCGGCCAACAGCGUCAGCUUCAUCGAUAGUCUUUUCCUCGUCAUCUCCGCCUUUACUACAUCCGGACUCAACACGGUCGAUAUCAGCAAACUCAGUACCGCCCAGCAGGCUAUUAUAGCCUUGAUGAUGAUUCUUGGCAGUCCCGUCUUCGUCUCCAUCUUCACCAUCUGGCUCCGCGCCCGCGUCUUUGAGAAGCGCUUCGAGGACAUCGUCGAGGCCGAACGAAACAGGAGGAUCAAGAAGACUGGCACCAUAGUUGGCAUGGCUGGAGCCAUGAUUGGUCUUCCUGUCAUGUCGUCCUUUAAGGGGUCUAAGCGGAAGCAAAAGAAGGGUAGACACGAGCGGCAAGCCGAGGCAGACGCCUUCCAGCUCACGGGGUCUACAUCGCGCGAGAAGGGCCACGACCGGAGCCAAAGCCAGACCACCGAUCAAGAGUCUGCACCCUCCGGCAUGCUGGAGUCCAUCGAGGAGGGCCGGAAGCUCGGCGUCUCCACCAGCUCCACCGAGCCGCUCUCGCCCAAGUCGAAUGCCACCACCAGGCGGAGGCCUUUCAGUCGUGAUGACGGCCGCCAGCACAUCUCAGAAAGCUUCGAUUUCAAAACAUUCAUCCACGAGAACAAGAAGUCAGUCGGCAGGAACGGCCAGUUCUUCGACCUCACGGAGGAACAACGUGAGUACUUGGGUGGCGUCGAAUACCGGGCGCUUAAGAUUCUCUUUACCAUUGUCUGCGUCUACUUCGCCCUCUGGCAGCUCCUCGGGGCCAUCACGCUCGGCGCCUGGUCAUACGGGCACAGCCAGAGUAUAACGGCCGUCAAUUCUCAAAACUCCUGGUGGGCUGGCAUCUUUCUCGCCAUCUCUUCAUUCAAUAACGCCGGAAUGACGCUCCUCGACGCAGGCGUGGCAGCCUUUGACAACGAUGCCUUCGUCUUGACCAUUGUAACCAUCCUUUCCCUGGCUGGAAAUGCUGCGUUCCCUGCGUUCCUCAGAGCAACCGUCUAUUUCUGCAGCUUGGUUUUGAAGAUAUCUGUUGAUGACGACGAGUACACUGUCUGGAAGGAAGCUUUCGAUUUCAUCCUGAAGUACCCCCGUCGUCUGUACAUGAUGAUGUUCCCUGCCAAGGCCAAUUUUGUUUUUGUCACCAUGUUCUCAACCAUCACGAUUAUGGACUGGGUCUUGUUGUUGGUUCUUAGCAUCGGCAACUCUGCUAUUGAGGCAUACCCGGUUGGAAAGCGUGUCGGGCUGGCCGUCUUUCAGGCGCUGAGCAUCCCUUCCACAGGUUUUGCGGUUGUUCCUGUGUCAAGCCUCUAUUUUGACGUUCUGGUCCUGUGGGUCAUCGCAAUGUACAUUUCCGCAUAUCCGGAGAUUAUCGUCAUGCGAAACUCAAAUGUGUACGAAGAACGGUCACUAGGAAUUUACGCUACGGAACCUGAAAAAUCCGAGGACCUUGACUCAACUGCCAACGAGUCGACAGAUGAGCUCCUGCCAACCUUUGGGCCCCUCCUAUCUGAACCGACGUUUGGCCAUGCCCUUGGCACAGAGCGAACAGCAGUUUCCGCAUCAGGCCUGUCACAAGCAAAGUCGGGCAUUUCCACCAAGCCCGUCAAGAAACUAGCCGCCAUCGGCCGGCGUGGCACCUCCUUCGUGGGCAGGCAGAUCCAGAGCAGGAUGAACAACUUCCAGGGCGUGGGUGUGACGGCGAGGCCGCGGCUGAAGCGGUCUGCUGCCAUCAACUUUGACAACCCGAACGCGCCGCCGGGCUCCGCCUCUACGCCCGAGGGCCACGUGAGCCUCGUGUCGCAGCACCUCCGAGGGCAAUUGUCGCACGAUAUCUGGGCCAUCGCCUUCGCGCUAUUCUUAAUCACACUGAUCGAGACGUCCCAUUCGAUCGCGGACCCGCGCUCCUACAGUGUCUUCAACUUCUUGUUCGAAAUCGUGUCGGGAUACACCAACAUCGGGCUGUCCAUAGGCCUGCCGGACCACUCGUUUAGCUUCGCCGGCGGCUGGUACACGGGCUCAAAGCUGGUCAUGAUCAUGAUGAUGAUCCGUGGCAGGCACAGGGGCCUCCCGGUCGCGCUGGACCAUGCCGUCAAGCUGCCUGGAUGGGACAAUGUUAAGAAGCAGAAUGAGGACGCUGAGAUCAGACGGAGUUUGGGCAAGAGCCGAACUAGUUUAGAGAUACGGAAUUUUUGA